GUCGGACAAGUAUGGACCAAUAUCUGCACAACACUGCCAGACUAUGUCCUUUUCUCGGGAAUACAACCGCCAAGCUUCCCAAAGAGGCUUAAUCAGAGGCAUCUUAUGUUGAGCAACGUCUUUGGAGAUCUCUUGUGGCAGUCUGGGCAAGAUUAUCGACAUACUAGCCCGAGAUAUCAACUCCGGGGAAGAACCCCAAUCACGGUCGAGUCACUUGCCAGGAUCCCGGCAUGGCUGAUCCGUUUCGGAUUUGUGCAGAGACAGGUCAAGCCCGUUUUGCCAUUCCAGGCAAUCCAACUCUCGCCUCUCAACGCUGCCUCUUUCCCUCUUCCGUCAGCUGGACCCAGCAUCCUGCUAUUCCUCGGUUUGUUGCGUCUCUUGCCUGCUUAGACUGAUCAUCAUGAUGUCGUGGGCCUAUUUCUAUCCUGUCGCAAGCCACAGACCCCCUCAAA